UUCUUCACAACUGUACCCUAGUACCCAGUCACUCCCUACUUUUUGUAUUACCAAUGUCUUGACAAUUACUUACGAGAGCACAGAACAACGCUUGUCGAUCUUUUGUGCUCCUGCCUUCGACACCUCACCAUGACUACUUCACUCACAACCGCCCCCGGGCCUCGCCGCCACAGUUUCUCGCACUUCGGCAGAGAAUCGCAUCGUCAUAAGAAUAUUCCAUACUCCUCCACCAGCAACCCCGACAACCCCAUACCUGUAGAACCCGUCGCCCAUCCGUCCAUGCAUAUUCCAAUGGAUGCCAAAAUCAGACUCAGCAACAUGCUCUACGCUCCAAGUCCACGAUCAAGUGGGGAGAGCCUUCAUUACACCGACGACACCAACACAAGCGACUCAGAAGCCCCGUCAACUCCGCCUACUGAGCCGACUGACCUAGCGGAGGACGCCUUGAAGGGCGUGAAGCAGCGCCCUCUCGCCGAGCACAUCACAUCAACGCUGCCCAUAAGAACACGAAAGAGAAGAGCAAGCACUACAUACGCCUCAAAUGUCGACGACAUCCGGAGACUCAUUGGCUCUGGCAGUGGCACCAAGUUCCUGCAGAAGUACUGCUGUGGCGAAGGCUGCUGUAUGAUUGAGUCCUUGCCACUUCACACCGAUGACGUUGCAUUUGCGCCAAUCAUCACACCUGCGAAUGACGCAUACAGAUUCCUCGCUCUGAACUUGCGCUCACUAUCGCUUGACACUGAGUUGACCAAGAUUCCGGAAAUGCCUGACCAGAAAGUACGCUUCGGCACAAUCCGCCGACAAUCCAUCACCGACAAGUUUCCACACGAAGCACUGCAUAAGCAUGACGUCGAUGAAGUCAAUGAAUAUCCUCCAGAAUACAUGAAGCCGCACCCACCUUAUAGCAUUUUCAAUGCCCCGCUAUAUGGCGCUCGGGAGUUGACCAAGCCUGGUGCCGAGAAGCGGACAUUCCAUUUCGAUAUCGAUGUGACCGAUUACCCUGAGGAGGGUGGUGUUGACUUCAAGGUGGGAGGCGCCGUUGGGGUAUGUCCUCCAAAUGAUCCUGCUGUUGUCGAGGACAUCAUGGACCAGCUUGGCAUACCACGCUUUCAACGAGACAAGGCCAUACGAUUGCAUACUUCCGAGGGACGCUGGCCGACCAUCUGGGGCGAGGAGGAAGCAAGAGAACUUGUUACCACACGAAGAGAAGUGCUCACAUGGACCGUUGACAUUUCUUCAGUCGCGCCCACAAAGCCACUGAUUAGAUUGCUGGCCGAGUAUGCAUCGGAGCCGAACGAGAAGAAGAUCCUCGAAUACCUUGUCAGCGCGCAGGGUCAGGCGACUUUCUGUGACUUGAGAACUGGACCACACAUCACAUUGCAACAGCUCUUGCACGCUUUCCCGUCAUCCAAGCCGCCGCUUGAGUAUCUGUGCAGCGUUCUCAACCAGCUCAUGCCAAGAUUCUAUUCCCUGUCCAACGAUCCGCACGUUUCCUCCGCGCGAGAAGGUCUUGCAGGACGACGAUUGAUCGAAAUGGCAGUGACUAUCCACGAAACAUCGGACUUCAAAGGAAAGCAACGCACGGGUGUUGGUUCCGGUUUCAUGGAAAGGCUAGCGAUGAAGUUCAUCGAGGCUGACGAGAAGGCGCAAAGGGAGGCAGAGGCAAAGGGCUUCUGUCUACGACCAGGCGUGGGAGGUCGCCGAGCCAACCUUCACCUACCCAUGUUCCGCGGUUUAAUGGCAAAUCCUCUUUCCAAGAAGUUCGUCAGUGAUGGUCCCAUGGUCCUCAUCGGUGCUGGUGUUGGCAUGGCGCCAUUCCGUGGCUUCAUCCUGAAUCGACUCAAGAACGCCAACUGCGCCAACAAGAUCUGGCUCAUCCAAGGUAUUCGCGACAGCAUGCUCGACGAGAUCUAUCGUGGUGAGCUAGGUGAUCACGAGAAGGAUAUCAAGAAGGUUGUGCAAUCACGCGCCAGGACAUUGCCGCCUGUUUCGGAAGAUGACAGCGGUGUUGUUGGAGAGGUACACACCGAUGGCGAGACACCUGUGGUCGCCGAUCCAAAGAAAAAGGACAAGGUCGCCAAGUAUGUCCAGGAUGAGGUCCGGCACCAGGCUGACAUCGUUUGGUACGUCGUCAAUGCUCUCGACGGCCGCAUCUUCGUUUGUGGCUCUAGUAAAGGCAUGGGUGAAGGCGUGGAGAACGCAUUGAUUGAUGUCGCUAUGGACAAAGGCAAUCUCGAUUACGAGACCGCCAAGCAAUUCUGGGAAGGCAAAAAGGAGGCAGGCCAAUACAUUGCGGAGACCUGGUAAAGGAUUGGCUCUCGAGCAGGGCCUGCGAGGAUACAGAUGGCAUAAGCAGACCAUCAGACAUUUACCGAAUGCAUAGCUCGGGCUGCUAAAAUAAUUGAUUUCAAAGGCGCGAAAGGUGUGGGCGGCUACAUAAGCCAGCAACUGGGAUAGUGCUGGAGCACAUGGGGUGGGAGGCAAGGGACUGAUAGCGUUGUCGCAAACAUAGUGAUGGAAUUGUGUACAUAUUUGUUGCCCAAGGAAGGCUUGUCAUAUCAGACAACAUGACAUGUCGAUUGUGAAACUUGCUGGAUUCCUG